UGUCCAUCCACAAGAUAAAAUUCAAUUAGAACAAAUUUCGAUUAACGUACAAGAAACAAAACUAACUCAGCUUCUUCUCUAGCAAUGGAAGGAACUAGUUUUCUCCGAGGGCAACCUCUAACAACAGCACCCUCCCUUCCCAGACAAAGGUUCCUUCUCCAAGGAUGGAAAAACAAUCGGAUUGUCAGGUUUUCUGGUUUGACGAAUCACUCCGAUUCUAUAAAGUCCAGGUCUUUCUUCGAUCUUAGCCUCAGAGCUUCAGACAAAGCUCCCAUAAAGGCAAGCUCUGCCGUAACAGAGGCAAACCCUACGAACUUAGAAUCAAAGGAACAAGACCUUGUCUUUGUAGCUGGUGCUACGGGUAAAGUUGGUUCUAGAACUGUGAGAGAGUUACUGAAGCUCGGAUUUCGAGUUAAAGCUGGAGUUCGAAGCGCUCAGAGAGCAUCAAGUCUUGUGCAAAGUGUUAAGGAUAUGAACACAGAUGAAGGAACUCAACCUGUAGAAAAGCUUGAGAUUGUUGAAUGUGACUUGGAGAAGAAAGACUCAAUACAGCCUGCAUUGGGGAAUGCAUCUGUGGUUAUAUGCUGUAUAGGUGCUAGCGAGAAAGAAAUAUCCGAUAUCACCGGUCCUUACAGGAUUGAUUAUUUGGCCACCAAAAACCUUGUUGAUGCUGCAACAUCUGCAAAAGUUAAUAACUUCAUCUUGGUGACAUCCUUAGGGACCAAUAAAUUUGGAUUUCCCGCUGCCAUUCUCAAUCUGUUCUGGGGAGUUCUUUGCUGGAAGAGAAAAGCUGAAGAAGCCUUGAUUGCAAGUGGUCUCAACUACGCAAUAGUUAGGCCUGGAGGAAUGGAGAGACCAACUGAUGCAUACAAGGAGACUCAUAAUCUCACUCUUGCUCUAGAUGAUACAUUGUUUGGUGGUCAGGUCUCAAAUCUCCAGGUUGCAGAAUUGCUAGCUUGUAUGGCUAAGAACCCUCAACUUUCUUGCUCUAAGAUUGUGGAAGUGGUUGCUGAAACAACUGCACCAUUAACCCCUAUUGAAAAGCUUCUUGAAAAGAUUCCUUCCAAACGUCCUUAUGUGCCUCCACCAAAGGAAUCAGUUCCAGCCAAAGAGGUAACACCAGUUCCUGCUGAGCCUGUCAAGCAAGAAUCAGUUGCAGCCAAAGAGGUAACACCAGUCCUUACUGAGCCUGUCACUAAAGAACCAACAGCUCCCAAGGAGGAUAAAGCACCUGCAGAAGUGAAAGAUGUUAAGCCUAGGCCGCUGUCUCCUUAUGCCGCCUAUGAAGACUUGAAACCUCCAACAUCUCCUAUUCCGGCCACAGCACUUGGUGCCACCAAAGCUAAGGAGGUGGAUGCAACUCAGGUUCCGGAGGUGGAAGAAACUCAGGUUCCUGUUGAGGCUAAUGCAGUUCCACCACCAGAAAGUCCUGUUGAGACCAGUGUCCCAGUAGUAGAAGAAGUGAAGCAAGUUGAGGAAAAGAAAGAGAGGCCUCUUUCUCCUUAUGCUAGCUAUGAGAAUCUAAAACCACCUUCAUCUCCCACUCCUAAAGCUUGUGGUAUCCAGAAGAGCGAUACUUUGGCGCCUGUUCCAACAGAUUCUGAUACUGGUGAAAGCUCAACAGUUGCAACAACUGUCACUGAGGAGGCAGAAGCACCACCAGCCAUACCAAAAAUGAGACCUCUUUCUCCUUAUGCAGCUUACGCAGACCUAAAACCACCAACCUCACCGACUCCUGCAUCAACUGGUCCCAAGAAAACAGCACCUGCAGAAGAAAUCUCAGAGGUACCUGGAGGCAAUGACGUGGUGGAAACAGUUGAUGGUAGUGUGAUCACGACUGAAUCUGCUUCUGUGCCAGAGGCGGAAACCGUUAACAGUGUGACAGACACUUCCCUUACCCCAGAAGAAAGUGCAGCUGAUCAGCCAAAGCCAAGGCCAUUGUCACCUUACACAAUGUAUGAGGACAUGAAGCCUCCAACAUCACCUCUUCCAUCUCCGGUCAUCAAUCAUUAGUUAUGUGUGAAAUGAUUUGCCCUUGAACCCUUGGAGCUUCUUCUUCUUUUUAGCUUCAGCUUCUUCUUUUUUUACAAAUGAGAGAAAGAUGGGGAAAUUCAGUUUUACAGGUAUGAAUCAGUGAGCUGAGUAAUACAAGAUUCAUCUUGCCUUCUGAGUUCUUCGUUUUUCUUCUGUUCAAAUACUCAUAUUUGAUAACCCAUUCUCAUUCAAACAACUUGAUAAUAUAUAUAUAUAUUCUGAGUCCACGUUUUCUUA